AGUAAACAGAACCAAUUGUAACAAUUAUUAUUCAAAAAACAUUCGAUUUUUUUAUAUCAUAAAUCCGAGCCAUCUUGAAUUCCAUACUACCUAAUCUAUUCGUACCAGCUGGGGUAAAAGCGCAAACAUGAUCAUUGGGAAUUUUACUCCAUAUCCCCGUCAUCGUGAGCCAAGUCGCAGCAAAGCCCGCCUCUUUGAAUUGUAGAUGUAAUCGACAGCGAGUGAUGUCAUGACUCGCUGUGUUUCCCAGUUGCGCGGCCAUUGAUUGAUACCUUAGGGUAGGUACCUAGGUCUAGGCAGUAUAACAAUAAACUACUUCGAAAUCGAUAGUAGGUAUCUGACCUAGGUAAAUAUAACAUCUUUUCUCAGGUUAUCAAAAGAUUUAUUCGCUUUAAUUUUUGGCCUCUUAUUUGACAUGUCCGACUCUCAAUUUCAGCCGGGACAUUCAGUCCCAGUGACUCACCAGGAGUUCCCUGGCAAGGAGCAUAAGCUGCCCAUACAAGCACAGUAUGACACUCUGCCCACCGACGACGGCGGGUAUCAGAAGUACAAGGCCGCCGGCAAGCUGCAGGGCAAGAAGGCCAUCAUCACGGGCGGGGACUCGGGGAUCGGCCGGGCCACGGCUAUCCUGUUCGCGCACGAAGGCGCCGACUCCCUCAUCGUCUACCUCCCCGACGAGGAGAAGGACGCCCAGGAGACGAAGCGCGCGGUCGAGUCGCUCGGCCGCAAGUGCUACCUGUUCUCGACGGACCUGACGAGGCGUGAGAACUGCAAGAAGGUCGUCAGCGAGGCGCUGCAGCAGAUGGGCCGCAUCAACAUCCUCUUCAACAACGCCGCGUUCCAGAUGGUGAAGAGCGACAUUCACGAGCUGAGCGAGGACCAAUGGGUACACACCUUCAACACCAACAUCCACCCGUUCUUCUACCUAGCCAAGUACGCGCUGCCGCACAUGAAGCGCGGGGCGACCAUCAUCAACAACGCGAGCAUCAACGCGUACAUCGGGCGCCCCGACCUGCUGGACUACACCUCGAGCAAGGGCGCCAUCGUCUCCUUCACGCGGGGCCUCAGCAACCAGUUCGUGGGCCAGGGCAUCCGCGUCAACGCCGUGGCCCCGGGCCCCGUCUGGACCCCGCUCAUCCCCGCCACCAUGGACGACGACGCCCAGAAGUCCUUCACCAGCCCCAUGGGCAGGCCCGCCCAGCCCAGCGAGAUCGCCACCUGCGUCGUCUUCCUCGCCUCCCCCGAUAGCUCCGCCAUCAGCGGCCAGACCAUCCACUGCAACGGCGGCACUAUAGUCAACGGCUAAGCUACCCAGCUUGGGUGGUGGUGGUGGUGGUGGUUGGAGGAGGGAUUUUAGAUCCACUCUUCUAAGCUGACUGUCGGAGGGGGGGGGUAAUUUAAAGGGGUUCAAGGGGGGUAAAUCUUUACUAGGUACCUAGGUAUUUUAGAAAGCUUCGUCGUGGAUAUGAGCAGCCGUGUAAGAUAGGAAACGCCGGGAUACGUUAGAUUUUGCCAAUGAAUAAUGAGAUCAUGAGAGCAGCCAUUUUGCUUCUUAUAGAUGUGCCACUCUACAUUUUGUCAUCAUAUAUGGAGAUUGGUAGUUAAAAAUUACUCUUAUCGAAUUGUAAAUAACCUCAGGCUCUGAUUCUCUACCGUCAUUGAUAGCUGCCUACCGAACUGGAAGGAAUCUUGUUUGAAACUUCUGGAUACUGGGGCAGAGCUACUAGAUGAUGCUCUUCGAUGCUAAUAUAUCAACUGUGCACUAGUUCUUCAAG